AUGGACUUUGAAAGUGAAGGUAUCAGGCAUGUUUCAAUACAAAAACAUAAAGACACUGAGUACAGUGAAAACAAUGCUAGGCUGGAGAAAGAGAAUUUUAUAGAUGGUGAUUCUGAUCAUGUAAACCUAGAUUCUUUGCUCAAAGCAGUUAUAGAUAUUAGUGAUCGACUUCAUGAUCAGGAAGAAAAGAUAAAACAGCAUCAAGAUGAACAACAAAAACGUGAUGAUGAAAAUAAUUAUAAUGACAGAAUGAGGCAUGGACAAAACAAAACAUGUGUUAAGUCACGACCAAGGACUGCAGUUAUGAAGUACAAUAGACAAAACUCUUCCAGUAGUGACAGUGAUAUAGGAAAUGAAGCAAGCACGUUCUCUUCAAGUAUGAGUAUGAGAAGCUCAUCCAGCAGAGCAAGAUUUAAAAAUCGACCUUCUAGCAGCCAAUCAGUGGCUGACUCCAAUUCUGCUAAAUUAAGUAUGUCAUUUAGUAAUAAUCAAGUCAGAGAUAUUGACAUAGAAAACCAGAGACUUCUCCGUGAAAUAUUACGAAAAAAAUGCCAAACUCCUACUCAAAAGAAACCAGCUGGUCCUGUUCGCGUUCGCUCAGCAGCUUCUAUCAAUCGGUCAAGGAAACAGCAAGAUAUAGAACGGGAGAAUUUAAGAUUAUUGAAUCGCUUGCAGGCUGUGAAACCAACAAAUGGUUUAAGUCGUGACAAAUUAAUGUUUGAUCAUAUAAAAAAUGAAAAACAUGUUGAUCGUUUGUCAAAAUCUAGUAAAAGAAGACCAGUCAGUGCGCCAGUCUCAAGAGUGAGACCACAAUAUGUCAAUUCAAAAACGAGAAGUUAUGAUAGCGAAAGCUUGGCAGAUUCUAGAAUUAGUUCAGCAUCCACAAAACGCACAUCUGGCCGCACUUCUUCAGCUAGAGUUAGAGCUCCUAGAAAAAUCAAAGUCGAAGAAACAUGGGAGCCUGGUUGGUAA